AUCUGGGUGUUGUGCUUAAAGAUAGGCUACAUGGUCAACAUCUAGUCAUCGACACCUCACUGCGUGCCUUAAAGGGACAUUUAACCAAUAAAAACCCAUCAAAAGCCCUCGUUUUAUCUUUCCAUGGAUGGACAGGUGGAGGAAAAAAUUUUGUCAGUCGGUUCAUCGCUGAGAGCCUAUACAAGAAUGGGAUGAACUCAAAGUUUGUGAACCUGUUUAUAGCAACUCAUCAUUUUCCUCAUGUUAGUAAAUUAGAGAUAUACAAGGAUCAAUUACGAGAAUGGAUCAAAGGGAAUGUCUCAGAGUGUGGGCGCACUCUAUUCAUAUUCGACGAGAUGCAGAAAAUGCCACAUGGUUUGAUGGACACUAUCAAGCCAUACAUUGACCAUUACGACAGUAUCAAUGGGGUAGACUAUGGAAAAGCCAUAUUUAUAUUUUUAAGCAAUACAGCAGGACAGAGUAUUACACAGAGGGCCUAUGAACACUGGAAGGCUGGGAAAGUGCGGGAAGAUAUACGCUACAAGGAAAUGGAAGAAAUCAUCAAUAUUAGUGCAUAUAAUGAAGAUGAAGGUGGCCUUUGGCACAGUGAUCUUAUAGAGAAACAUCUCAUUGAUGCCUUUAUUCCAUUCCUUCCACUUGAGCGGAUACACAUAAAACAGUGCAUAAAAGAUGACUUAAUUGAAAAAUCUUUUCCCGUUACUGAUGCAAUUCUGGACAAAGUUGCCGACGAACUUAUAUAUUACCCAGAAGGCUCGAUGUUGUAUUCUAAAUCAGGUUGUAAUAGAGUUUCGGAGAAAGUUAAUCUGGUGAUGGAAGAUAUGAGAUUUGCAGAUUAG